AAAAACAAAAAAGAAAAAGGAAAAAAGAGAAUUAUGAACAAUAAAAGAAAAAAAAAGAGAUUGCAGGUUGUCUGGUUCUUGACCUGUAGAGAUCGGGCCUGACCAAGGAACAAUAAAUUGGUAGUUUUAUUCGGGCCUACAUUUUGAACGGGCCUAAUAUAACUCCACCCCCAUUCGAUUUCGAUUUCUGCUGCAACAGUUCCAAAGCUCAACUCGAACUCAUCCAUGGAGUCCUUCAAUCCCAAUAAACAUCUCAAAGAGGAAUUUGUGAGCAAUUUAACAGGGUCUUCCAAGCUCGAAAUUUUCUCUCUCCUCGCAAAUUUUUCGAUUUUGAUUUUGAUUAGGCAUUGCAUCGGAUUCAAUUGGAUCAGUUGUGGUUCUGUUAAGAAAGAUGAUAAUGCUGCUACCGGUGGCAAGGGUUUGAAAGCCUACACUUUGGCUUUGAUUGUCGAUUUUCUCUGCAUUGUUGUUCCUUAUACUUUAUUUCUGACUGUUCUGGCAGACUUCACUUAUGGGAUCACCAUCCUGGUAUUUGUGCUGCUGCUUUUCCUGAGAACAUUUGAUAGAAAUCGAUCUUCAUUGUUGCAGGAAGGUUAUAUGGACUCUGUUAGGGUGAAUAUCUCAUCUUAUAGGGUUUCCAUGAUGCUUGCGACAUCCCUCGCUAUUCUGGCGGUUGAUUUCAAGAUAUUUCCCAGAAGAUAUGCAAAAACAGAGACGUACGGCACUGGCUUGGUAAGAACUAAUGCAUUUAAUUUAGAAUAUAGAAAAAUUUAUUGUGAACUGCAAUGCGCCACUCGAUUUCAUAAAGCUGUGUACACCCUAUUCAAUGCACUGUUGUUGAUUCUUUCAGUUUCCAGUUUCUGCUACAUAUUUGUUUCAAUUAUAUUUUGUAGAGUUAUGGUGAUUGAUCGGGUACUCUUAAUUUCUUGUUUGUCCAUGCAAUCCAGGACACUGCAAAAUGCUCUUCGUUCUACUAGUCCGUUAAUUAUUUUAGGAUUUGCUCGACUUAUUUCAACAUCGAGUGUGAAUUAUCAGGUUCAUGUUGGGGAAUACGGUGUGCACUGGAAUUUCUUUUUCACUCUAGCUGCCGUGGCAAUUCUCACAUUCAUUAUUAAUGUGCAUCCAAAUUAUUGCGGGAUUUUAGGCUCCUUGAUCCUCAUUGGAUAUCAAGCUUUACUAUUGUGUGGGCUGAAUAAAUAUAUCAUGUCGGAAGAAAGGAAACCAGAUAUCUUUAGUCAAAACAAGGAAGGAAUAUUUAGCAUAUUCGGUGAGGAUCUCUCUGUAAGUAAAUUAAAGUACUCUGGAUAUUCAUUGUUCAU